UACUUUAGCCACCAACCUAAAUGUCAUAAACGUCAUAAUGGCAAAUGCUAUAAUGAAUACCGUAUUAAAAAAGUCCCUUAGCUUCUUGCCAGCCAAAACCUUCUUAAAGAAUGGUGCAGCGUUGAUACACACCAGCGCGGAUAAAAAGGCGAAAUGGUAUCCGGAUCCGGAGUGGAUGGCCGGAUUCGAUGGGCCUGUUAUGUACCCGGAUGAGAACACCAAAAACUGGUCGUUACAGCCCUGGAGUGCCAAGAAAGCACCUACCGAAAAGGAGGUUAAAAAUGUUACGUUGAAUUUUGGGCCACAGCACCCAGCUGCUCACGGCGUGUUGAGACUGGUGAUGGAGUUGGAUGGAGAGAUUGUAAAGAGAUCAGACCCCCACAUUGGUCUUUUGCAUCGUGGUACAGAAAAAUUGAUCGAAUACAAAACCUACACGCAAGCUUUGCCGUAUUUUGACCGUUUGGACUAUGUGUCCAUGAUGUGCAAUGAGCAGUGCUUCAGCUUGGCCAUUGAAAAGUUGUUGAAUAUUGAUAUUCCUAUUAGAGCCAAAUAUAUUAGGACUUUGUUCGCGGAACUCACCAGAAUUUUAAACCACAUCAUGGCCAUUGGUACUCAUGCCUUAGAUGUGGGUGCUUUAACCCCAUUCUUCUGGCUCUUUGAGGAAAGAGAAAAAAUGAUGGAAUUCUAUGAAAGAGUAUCCGGGGCUCGUAUGCACGCCGCAUACAUCAGACCUGGGGGUGUUUCUUUGGAUAUGCCGUUAGGUCUUAUGGACGAUAUUUACGAGUUUGCCGCUAAAUUUAACGAACGUAUUGAUGAAGUUGAGGAUGUUUUGACAACCAAUAGAAUUUGGGUGCAGAGAACCGAAGAUAUCGGUAUUGUUACUGCCGAGGAUGCUUUAAAUUAUGGAUUUAGUGGGGUUAUGUUAAGAGGUUCAGGUAUUAAAUGGGACCUCCGCAAGGUUCAACCUUACGACGCCUACCAUCUUGUCGAUUUUGACGUGCCGAUCGGCACUAAGGGGGACUGUUACGACAGGUACUUGAUCAGGUUGGAGGAGAUGAGACAGUCCCUCAGGAUCAUAGAUCAGUGUUUAAACCAGAUGCCAGCAGGUGAAAUAAAAACCGACGACGCUAAACUAAUGCCUCCAACCAGAUCCGAAAUGAAGACCUCCAUGGAGGCGCUAAUCCACCACUUCAAAAUCUUCACCCAAGGGUACCAGGUGCCCCCCGGUGAAACGUACACAGCCAUAGAAGCACCCAAAGGCGAGUUUGGCGUCUACUUGGUGUCAGAUGGUAGUUCGAAACCCUACAGGUGCAAAAUCAAGGCACCUGGGUUCGCUCAUCUAGCCGCCUUAGAUAAAAUCGGCAAAAACCACAUGCUGGCUGAUAUCGUUGCCAUCAUAGGUACCCUUGACGUCGUCUUCGGCGAAAUCGACAGAUAGACACAAAUUAUAUAUGUAUUAUGAACCACCUUAAUUUAACUAUGUAAAUAAUGAAUUAUAAUUAAAUAAACUUAUUGUUUUUUUAAGUGUA